GAGAGAGAGAGAGAGAGAGAGAUUGAGGAGGCAGAGAGCACCCUGUGUGACGCUCGGCGUUUCAAUCCUUCCCUUUCUUUAUCCCAUCCAUCACUAUCGCCUUCAGAGCAUCUUCUCUUUUCCUCCCUCCGGUCCCUCCCAACUCCCACUUUCUUCUUUCGUGUCAUAACAUCCUACAGGCCCAUCUCCAUAUCUCUCUCUCUCUCUCUCUCAAUCCUUCCUUUCGGAUGUUCUCCAUAGAUACACGCAGAUAUUCCAGUCCCGUGCUUUCCACACUCUCCUAGCUAGCUAGCUAGCUUCCUAUCAUAACUUUUGCCAGGCAACCAAUGGAAAUUGACUCCAUGGACGGCUCCAACUGGCUCGCCGAUUAUGGUUACGUCGAAGACGAAGUGGACUUCUUUCAACCGUCUUCCGGGUUCGCCAGCUGGGCCUCUCCCGCCUUCGGUUGCUCAUCUGAUCUCAGUGUAGAAGUCAACUACUCUUUUACAGAUUCAGACAGCCUGAAGAUGCCGAGUUGUCGUAAAAGGCUCAAACCCGAUUCGUGCAAUGCAUUAGGAUCCAAGGCAGGCCGAGAGAAGACGAGGAGAGACAAGCUCAAUGAAAGGUUCCUAGAGUUGACUUCAAUUUUGGAGCCUGGAAAGCCACCUAAGACGGACAAGGCCGUCAUUCUGAGUGAUGCUGUUCGAACUGUGACCCAGUUACGUGCUGAGACAGAGGAACUCAAGGAAUCGAAUGGCCAGUUGCAAGAGAAGAUAAAAGAACUCAAGGCUGAGAAGAAUGAACUUCGAGAUGAGAAACAGAGGCUGAAGGCCGACAAAGAGAAAUUGGAGCAGCAGGUGAAAGCCAUGAGUGUUCAAAUGAGCUACCUGCCUCAUCUUUCAGCAAUGUUUGCUGCCCAAGGGCAGGCCACCAGCAACAAGUUGAUGCCAUACAUCGGAUUCCCUGGUGCUGCCAUGUGGCAGUUCAUGUCCCCAUCAGUGAUUGAUACCUCACAGGAUCAUGUACAACGCCCCCCAGCCGCUUAGUUGGAACCUGAAGCAUAUCCAAUCAGUCGAUCCAUCUUUGUAUGGCGAACAAACUCCACCCCGAAGGUUGUGUAUUUUACUAGUAUUCUGUUGUUUUCUGUUUAUGGCAUGUUGGCUUUCCACCAAGUGGAAAUCUGGAUUUGUGCUGUUGGCAGGUCUGAAUGCUCCGAAGUUCAUCUGCUGUAACAUACAAUAAGCAGACGCUUUGUGAAGAACAAACAGUUUGCGUGCUCUUGUAACUGAUAACAUCCGGCCAGCUCUUUGCCGUUUUUCAAUUCACUUGGGUUGGACUUUCUCUUGA